UUCACAGUCCAUACUUAAGUUGUGCCUAAAUAAAAUCUUAGCUAAGCAUUGUUGCGAACUGAGUAGUCGUUUGCGUUUCACAGUCAAUGCUUAAGUUAUAUAAAAUUUUAUUAUGAUAUAUGGCAACGUUGUGGGCAACAUAUGUUUUACAAAUAUCAUCCACAAACAUAUGAUUGAAAUAUUUAAAUUAUUAUAGACAACGUAUAAAUUUGGAAGGAAAAUUAUUUCGUAAAUGGAUGAAACCCAGAAAAGGACCCCAAAUUUCACCGCAAGCGAGGCGGAGCAGCUAUUGGAACUGGUGGAGAAAUAUAAAAAUAUCAUCGAAUGUAAGCGGACGGACACUUGCACAAACGCUAAAAAAGAUGUCGCAUGGAAGCGUAUCGAACAUGAUUUCAAUUCACAGUGUCCAUCUGGCUGCCAUCGCAAUGCCAAAAUUUUGAAGAAAAAGUAUAUCAAUCUUAAAAGAGAGGUAAAAAAGCGAGUUGCAGAGGAAAAAAAGUAUCUUUAUUUGACUGGAGGAGGACCGCCACCAAAGAAAUUGUUAACUCAGUUUGGUGAAAAACUUUUGACUGUAUUACAUGAGAAGCAAGUUAGUGGCAUGCAGAGUGUGUAUGACAAUGAUGUGAUUGCCGGAAAUAUUGAUGAGUCCGUGAUAUUGGAGGAAGAGACAUUGGAAAGCAUAGUGGAUUUCGAAAAAUCCACUGAAGUGGAAAAUUAUGAAGGAAUAAAUGAAUCCGACAACGUUGAAUCAAGCCAGCUUUGGAACAAAUAUGAUCCCAGCCAGUUAAAAACACCAAAAAAUUCGAAACUAAAAUUUGAAGAAAAACCCCAAAGAUCUGCGAAAAAUUCUUGGGCGAAGCUAGCAGAUAUGAAAGCAAAAUGGACGGAAGAAAAAUAUGAAGCGGAAAUAAAAAUAAUGUAUGCGGAGCACGAGCAAAGAAUGAAGCUGAUGAAAGAAAAACAUAAUAUGGAAAUGAAAAUUUUAGCAGUUGAUUUGGAAAGAAAGAAAAAGAAGCUGGAAGGGUGAAAUAAAAAAUACAUAUAUGUAAAAUUAUAAACGUAUUUAUUAAACUACAAUAAACUGAAGUAAUUAUCUAUUAAA